AUGCUCCGCGAUCUACCCUCGCCAUACAACUCCCACGAUACCACACUCUUCAUGACCGUCCCAGGCGCACAUGAUGGACACCACGAGCCAAACAUCGCUGCCGACCACGUCGACCCUCUUGACGAUGUCUUUGGCUCAGCUCCCGCAUCGCCCACUGUGCCCGCGGCACCCCGCCGUUCGAACUCAGAGACCACCCCGACCCACCCAGCCAUCUCACAGCAUCCUUCAGACGUCCCGCGCUUGCGCCAAACGCACGUCACCAACGGCUACCGUGAAGGAGUCGCAGAAUCCAAGGAGAUUUACUUGCAGCAAGGUUUCGAUGAGGGAUAUGCUGUAGGCGCGGAGUUGGGGCUGAAGGCUGGAUGGUUGCUGGGAGCAUUGGAUGGAUUGCUCAGAGCUGUGCUCCGGAGCGACGGCGAGGGCCGUGAAGAUAGAGGAGCUGUGUCCAACAGGCUGCAAGAGGUUCAGAAUAUUGUCCAGCAGGCUGAGGGCGAGCUGAGGAUUGAACAGUUGUGCUCAAGCGAAUGGUUCGGCGAAGAUGGAGUAUGGUUGUUCGAGGUGCCUCAAAAGAAUGCAGCGGACGAUGUCACCUUUGCGGAGGUCUCUGAUGCGCAUCCAGUUAUCAGCAGGUGGAGGACUACAGUGCGCGAAGUUGGUGGGUCGACGGGGUUGCAACUGUCUUGA